AUGCAAGUCCCUAACCUGCGACCUAGCUGAGCCAAUGGCCAUGGUAACAUGCUUUGCCUUAAAUACCAAUUCUGCAAAAUAACUAUAUAGAGAAAAGCCAUACACUUAUAACUGCAAACUUUGAAGGAAUAUUUUCAGAGAGGCAUGAAGGGUUACGAGCCACGUUCCAGUUCCUCUUGUGCAGCCUGCAAGUUCUUGAAGCGAAGAUGCAUACCCAAUUGUAUAUUUGCACCUUACUUUCGCUCUGAUGAGUGCAAGAAAUUUGCCAAGGUGCACAAGGUUUUUGGAGCCAGCAAUGUCAGCAAGAUCCUCAUCGAAGUUCCCGAGGAGCAGAGAGAGGACACCGUCAAUUCUCUUGCUUAUGAAGCAGAAGCCAGGCUCAGAGACCCCAUUUAUGGAUGUAUCGGUGCCAUAGCUCUUCUCCAGAGGAAGAUGGUCGAGCUUCAACACGACCUUGCCAUUGCUAAGGAUCGUCUCGCUCGUUAUGCUGCCGCUGCCACCACUCCUUCCGCCGCCAUCGCCACCUCCAACAACUCCUUCAAUUCCCAUGUCAGUUUGCCACCCUUCCCUGAAUUUUUCUCUUGCAACGAUUUCAGUGACAACUUCUGCCACAACUCUUCCUCUCAAUCUCCGCCAUUGACCAGACACGAAAUGGUCGAUGAUUUCAUUCAAAUCCCUUAUAUAUUAUGAUCUUAUGUUCUCUCUCUCUCCUUCGUUGCAACUCUUCUCAGUUCUGAUCGAUCAGAAUUACCGACUGCGUUGUAUAUGCUAAUAAGCACUUCCUGCAAUGAACUGCUCUUAGUUUUUAAAUAGUUUGCUUUCGUAAUUCCUGUCCCAGCUA